ACAAGUCGGUCAGGAAGCCGCGCCGCAGCCAUGGCUUUUAAAGAUACCGGAAAGACACCCGUGGAACCAGAGGUGGCGAUUCACCGAAUUAGAAUUACUCUAACCAGCCGCAACGUAAAAUCCUUGGAGAAGGUGUGUGCUGACUUGAUCAGAGGCGCAAAGGAAAAAAAUCUCAAAGUAAAAGGACCAGUUCGGAUGCCCACCAAGACUCUGAGAAUCACUACAAGAAAAACUCCUUGUGGUAAAGGUUCUAAGACUUGGGAUAGCUUUCAGAUGAGGAUCCACAAGCGACUGAUUAACUUGCACAGUCCUUCUGAGAUUGUUAAGCAGAUUACUUCCAUCAGUAUUGAGCCAGGAGUCGAGGUUGAAGUCACCAUUGCAGAUGCUUAAGUCAAUCUUUUUAAUAAAUUGACUUUAUCAGUUGUUAAAAAAAAAAAAAA